CUUACCUAGGAGCAUUACCCAACCGACGACAACAUCAGAUUCACGAAAAACGUUCGAGAUUUGGCAUUACCACUCUUCAAUUUCUUUCUGAGUUGUGGUGCGCCGUCUACUCUCGUAAAAGGGAACCAUUGCAGAGCACAAUUGGACGGGUCCUACAAACCAUUGGCAGUGACGUGCUUGGUCUAGCGAGCUCACAAUGCCUUCCCUUGAUAUCUUCCCUGACGAGAUCAUCCGGCACGUCCUACUUUUUGUGUCCCCCGAAGACACACUUCAGUCAAUUCAGCUACUGUCGCGUCGAUUUUACCACAUCGGCAAUGAGGCACUUCUCUGGAAGAGCCACUGCCAGAACUCGUUCAACUACUGGCAUCCGGAUCAUAGACUCAGCACAAAGCUUGCUGCUCGGGCAUCCUCGGUCAAGUGGAAGGAGCUUUGGAUCACGAGAAAGCGAAAAAACACGAAAGUUGCUCUAUUGCUGGAUGGUAUCCUCGCCACCAAAGUUGGUCAGCUGAGCAAAUUAAAGCAAAUAUGUCUUCUGGGAUACGACGCGAAGGACUAUCUGUUGGAGCAGUGCCAUACUGAUGAUUCCGCAGACGAUGUCCUAGCCAGAAGUACCCCAGCUAGGGGUUUUCUUGACCUCAUUUACGGCAGUCUCUGGUAUAGCCUUGCGAAUCUUGAAGUUCGGGGCUCAAAACACGAGAGGAACCUUGAAACAUUAUGCCACCCCGUAACCUUCCCUCUUCCUGGCGAGCAUCUAGUUACUAAUAUGUGUUUUAUCAGGUAUUAUGCCGACUCAGUCCUGGACAGCAUCCAUAGAGGCAUUGCAGUAGAGGUGUGGGCCGAAUACCAAGGGGCUCCCUUGAGUGCUCGAGGACUGGACCGCGCACUGGGCGCCUUUGAUAUGUUUGUGCUGCAUGACCAGCCACAGGAUCUGGAAUAUAUCUCAGAAUCAUUCGAUCGACUCGCAAGGGAGUUCCGGCAAGAAAACCCGAGGUGUGAAGAAAUGCCCACCAGGCAAAGAGCAUUGUCUCUAGUCCAGUGGCUGAGGGCAAAUAACCUCACCUCCAUGGAUUCUCCUGAGAGAAACUACCGUAAUUUGAGGAACUGCUUUAUUGGCCAGGCCCUUUCCGACGAAGCGCACCCAUCUCUUCCCAUCAUCUCGAGUGCCAUUUUCUGCUGCGUCGCAGAACGCCUGGGUAUGACGAGCUCGUGUUGCGCAUUUCCAAGCCACGUCCAUGCAGCAGUAUUUGCACCACCCGGAAUGAACUUGGAUGGGGCCGAAGAGGAGAACCCAAACAAGGAACUGGAAACCAUGUACCUCGAUCCUUACUCAUCUGACUAUGAGGUUACUCCCAGCGACCUGCGUUCGAGAUUAGUCGAAUUCGGGUGGACCCUAGGAGCAGACGCCUUCCUAAAACCCUCCCCAGUAUCGAUCAUUGUGCAGAGAACCGCACAGAAUAUCAAGGCAACCUACACCGAGGUACAGACACUCGCAGACCGCGAGGACGACAUUGUGCGAGAUGUUGAAAUGAAGCGUCUUCGCACAGGUCACCCAGACUUGAAUCUCGAGACUGCGGCCUACGCCGCCGUGUGGGCCGAGCUCAUGAUGAAACAAACGACGGCCUUGCAUUGGGACAACAAUCUCGAAUCCUUCCUGAAUCGGUUCGCACUAUCAUGGAGCGAAGACGCAUGGAUUGUCGAGAAAUACCUCGCCCCUCUGUACGAUAGGUUUGUCCGCUCACAACCAAACCCACGGCCCCGGGUCGGCUGGGAAAAUGUCCGCGAGAUCUUGGGCAUGUUGAAGAACCUGGACAAUCGGCUACCAACAGUCAGCCGUCGGUACACAGAAGAAAUCCAUUCCCGCGUGCUGUACAAAAUUGGGCAGGUUUUCCGCCACAAGCGCUACCAAUACGUUGGAGUCAUCAACGGCUGGGCCGCCAACGGGACUGCAUCACUUCCCACCCCCCAUCACUUGGUGGACGAGGACCCCGAGGAAGAGGGCGAGGCUUCUGGCGUGGAUGACCCUACACAGAGGGCGCGGAUACGGAGCAAGACAUACUAUACCUGUCUCCGACCAACCAUUGACCGCUUACGAGUAGACCAAGAUAACAUUGAAAUUAUCACGGACCCCAGCCUCAUCCCAAAUGCUCUCUUUUAUCUUGCAGGCAAAUUCUUCAAGAAAUUCAACAGCUCAACCUGCACUUUCAUCUCCAAUAUCAAGGAGUACUACCCCGAUGAUUAAUCUGAAGGGUUGGCGUGGUGGAGGGCUCUAGAAAGAUAGAUGCAAUUUUGUUUUUGCAGCAUUGCGCUGUGCUUUCAUGUUGGUGUGUGAUACUCGUAUCAAAUCUUAUGUAUCGCCUCCUGGUUCUGUGUUACUGUCGAUGUUUCUGCACCGGGAGCUGGUCGGGCGGGCGGGAAGCUUACCUCCCAUUUAAUUGGUGGUCAACAAACGCGAUCAUGCACUACCACGACCAGCAGUCAAUAGUAAACCCACCCAGUACCAAAUAUUAAUUUUCUAAGAAAUCCCACGUGUAUUGUUUUGUAGACUGCAUUGUUUUUUUUAGUUGUGAUGAGCAGAGGAGUCCUGGGAAAGUUCACUAUCCUCCGCCAUUCCUUUAUAGAAGGGGAGCACCUGCCCUACACGGAGGCGAAUGUACCAUCUCGAGGAACGGAAUACCAUAAAAAAUAAUCAUUAAUGUCUAUCUGCCGUUUCGGCUCAUUAUUUGUG